CCCGACGCAGCAGGCGCAGUUCCAGCAGCACGCCAUGCGCGCGCAGUUGCAGCAUCAACAGUUGGCGGCGUACCAGAUGCAGACGCAUCACGUCGCGCAACAACAUCAGCUGCAACUGCGGACGUUUUGGCAAGGGCAGAUGCGGGAGAUCGAGACGGGGAGCGACUUCAAGAAUCAUCAGCUUCCGCUCGCGCGGAUUAAGAAGAUCAUGAAGAGCGAUGAGGACGUUAGGAUGAUCUCGUCGGAGGCGCCCGUGCUGUUCGCCAAGGCGUGCGAGAUGUUCAUCCUCGAGCUCACGCUGCGGUCGUGGAUCCACAGCGAGGAGAACAAACGGCGGACGUUGCAGAGGAACGACAUCGCGGCGGCGAUCACGAAGACGGAUAUUUUCGAUUUCCUCGUGGACAUCGUGCCGCGUGAUGAUUUCAAGGAGGAGGGGAUGAACGUUCAGAGGGCGC